AUAUUUAAUAAUUUAUCCACGGAUAGAAAUUAAACGUUUCUUUAGAAAAAUACACUUUUAGUAGCGACUAUAUUCAGCUUCAAAGUAAAUCCCCGUAUCUGCCAGUGAGCGCGCGGAACGUUUAACUCUGGGACAUGCUUCCUUCCGUGCUACUUUUACCGCGGACAGCGUCGCCGCUCAGCUGGAUAUACGUGAAUGUGAUUCAUUACAAAUAGAACCAGCCCGGUUUUUAUCAAACCUCUCCCGUAUUCGCAACCGGGAAGUGAGAUGCCGCAGUGAGAACCGAGGCAGCGGCUUCAUAUCUGCUGGUUUUCGGGGCUGUUUUGGUUCCCAGUGAGGCUAACUGCUGAUGGACGCCAUGCUGGGGUUUGGUUGCUGCUAGCAUCAAUACAUCAACUGCUUCUGGCUGCAGGUUUCUCAGACACAGCAGCCUGGAGCCAAACUCUGCUCACAGUAAGGAUGCCAAAUACCAACGCAAAGCCCAAGCAUGGGAGGAGGGCCCGGAGGAGGCGGAGAGGGGACCCUGGCAGAGAGCAGCUGGUGUCCAGCUCCCUGGAAAGCGCUCAGCAGUGUCUGCUCAACCAGGACUAUGGAACAGCCUUUGUGCAUUACCUCCUGGUCCUCCACCUGGCACCUGUGUUCAAGGACUUUGCACGGGACUCUUUCAGGUUCACGCUUUUCAAAUGGGCCGAGGAGUUGGACUCGGUGGGUCGGAUCCAGGAACUCUUUGACUGCUACGAACAAGCCCUGGAGAUCUUCCCUGCCGAUGAGGUCAUCCUGAACAGCAUGGGGGAACACCUCUUCCGCAUGGGGUUUAGAGACGAAGCUGCGGGUCACUUCCACAAGGCCUUGAAGAUCAAACCGGAUUAUCUGGAGGCCAGGGAGAACUUUUACCGCGUGGCGAACUGGCUGGUGGAGCGCUGGCACUUCCUGAUGCUCAACGACCGCGGCCGGAACCAGAAGUACCAGCAGGCCAUUCAGAAGGCGGUGCAGAGCGGCUGCAGCACUGUGCUCGAUAUAGGUACUGGCACUGGGAUCCUUGGCAUGUGUGCAAAGAAAGCAGGUGCUGCCGAGGUUUACGCCUGCGAGCUGUCAAAGACCAUGUAUGAACUGGCCUGUGAGGUGGUGGCUGAGAAUGGGAUGGAGGGGAGCAUCCAGAUUCUCCAUAAGAAAUCCCUGGAGAUGGGCGUACCGGCAGACAUCCCACACAGGGUCUCGCUGGUGGUGACUGAGACGGUGGAUGCCGGCCUGUUUGGAGAAGGAAUCAUCGAGAGUCUGAUUCAUGCCUGGAACCACCUCCUGCUGCCUCCAAAGAGGAGUGAGGAGGAUCUCCCCAGCGGUAGAGUCAUUCCUGCUGGAGCCACAGUGUUCUGCAUGGCUGUGGAGAGCCUGGAGAUCCGUCGCCAUCACAGGCUCUGUGCUGCAGAGGUGGGGGGUCUUAAGAUGGCAGCGGCGGGGGAGCUCCGCAGUCCGGUGAGCUGCAGCCUGGAGCCCGACGACUCAACGGAGCCGUACACCACAGAGAGGCUGAGCCGGCUGCCCGGGGGAUACAGAGCGCUCACAGAGCCCUUCACCGCCCUCAGCAUCGACUUCAACAACGUUCAGGAGCUGGAAGGCCUGAGCUCCAGGGAGGUCCAGGUGAUGCGGCUGCCCGUUACUCAGCAAGGAGAGCUGGAUGCUCUGGCUGUGUGGUUCCAGCUCCAUCUGGACCAGGAGAACAGUCUAUCAACUGGACCACAGGAAGAUACCUGCUGGGAACAAGCCAUCUACCCGGUCCACAGUGCGCCGGGUUUUGUGCUGAAGCCAGGAGACGAGCUGCUAGUGGAGGUUUCCUGCCAUGACGCCUACCUGAGGCUCGGCUGCGUCGCGGUGCUGAGGGACGGCCGUAAGCUCCACCUGGACCAGCGUGUGGAUCCUCAGAGCUCUAUGAAACCUGGGCCAAACCCAGAAGUUGAGCUGUGCAGCGCGCUAGCAAGCCUGCAGACUAGUCAGAGAGAAUCUGAAGACUUCAGUCUGCUGGAGUGUUCGGAGAUGGCGCUCCUGAACUACCAGGAUUACCAUCAGAGCUUUUCCCUGGCGUUAACCAAACUUAUUUCAGAAAUGAAGCUUAGAACUCAGAACCUGAGCAGCGCAGCCUGCGCCGCAGCAGACGCCAGCUUACUCUACGUGCUGGACGUGUCUGAAGGCUUCUCUCUGCUCCCCCUCAUUGCUGCCCGCCAGGGGGGAGUAAAAGCCUACAGCUCCGUGGAGAAGACCAAGCAGCAGAACGUCCUGAGGAGACUUGCUGUGUCCCACGGCGUCCCUGAGGAGCAUCUGGAGUUCUGGCUGAACCGCGCCGAGGACGAGCAGGGGGUCUUACAGCGGCCAUCCACGGAGAAGCUGUGGAGCGCCAUCAUCCUGGACUGCGUGGAGACGUGCGGGCUCAUCAGACAGAAGCUGAUGGAGAAAGCUUCGCUGGCCAGGUUUCUGUUAGAGGAAGGAGGCCGUAUUUUUCCAGAGAAGAUCGUGAUCCUGGGGAUGCUGGUGGAGUCGGACACCCUGCUGAUGGAGAGUGCUGUCCAGGGCCGGGAUCCCACGCUGGGAUUUAACAUCGCUCCUUUCAUCAAUCAGUUCACUGUACCAGUCCACGUUUUUUUGGAUUUUUCCACCCUAGACUGCAGACAUCUCAGUGAGGUUCUGGAGCUCUUUGUUCUGGACCUCAUGGACACAAACGCCAACUACACAGAGAGGGAGGUGAAGGCACAGGCCACCUCUGGAGGCAGAGUUACUGCCAUUCCCUUCUGGUACCAGAUCCACCUGGACCGGGACAUCAGCCUGAACACCCUGAGCAGGACCUCCCACUGGAAGCAGGCCGCUGUGGUCCUGCAGGAGCCCCUGGAGGUCCAGGCUGGAGACUGGAUCCGUCUGGCUGUGAAGCUCCAUAAGAGCACCAUCUCCAUCUCUGCUCAGGUGGACAUGGCUGCUGUUCAGAUGGAAUAGUCUCAUGUAGGACCGGUUUAGACGGUUCUGGAUCAGCGCUAUGGAGGUAAUUUAUUGCCUUAUAGUUUGCUUUAAAAAUAAACUGAAAAAAAUAUCAAUAGAAACACAAGAAAUGAUGAAUUAAAACUGAAAUUCUGUUUUAAAUUGAAAGCAGAAGAUUUUAAACAGACUGUG